AUGGUUUCGAGUCAAUCUGACGCAGCCGCUAUUGACCGUGAUUUGUUCGAUAGGCGCCUGAUUCGCGUGGCAUCCAAACGACAUGAUAGCUCGGGGUCACGUGCGAGGGGUAACCAGCAGUCCAACAUCGGCGGAGGCCCUGGGGGCGAUGGAAGGGAUGAUAAGGAUAAAAAGAAGGAUAAGCCCAGAUACGAACCACCUCCCCCUCCCACGACUCGUCUUGGACGUAAGAAGCGCAAGGCUGCCGGACCAAGCACAGCUUCCAAGCUCCCCGACAUCUUCCCAACCUCACGAUGCAAAUUACGAUACUUGCGAAUGCAACGAGUCCACGACCACUUGUUGCUAGAAGAAGAAUACGUCGAGAACAUGGAACGCUUACGCAAGACCAAGGCCCAAGCAGCACAGGAUUCCGUCAGCAGAAGCGAGUUCGAUAUCAUGGACCGGAAUGCAGACGAGAGGGGUCGCGUCGAUGAUAUGAGAGGCACUCCCAUGGGAGUCGGCAACUUGGAAGAGUUGAUCGACGACGACCAUGCCAUUGUUUCCAGCGCUACCGGGCCAGAGUACUAUGUUUCCAUCAUGUCCUUCGUUGAUAAGGACUUAUUGGAGCCUGGUGCCAGCAUUCUGCUACACCACAAGUCUGUCUCCGUUGUGGGUGUGCUCACCGAGGAGUCCGACCCAUUGGUAUCGGUGAUGAAACUUGACAAGGCACCAACGGAGUCUUAUGCGGAUAUCGGUGGUCUGGAGACUCAGAUUCAAGAGGUUCGAGAAUCCGUCGAACUUCCGCUGCUCCACCCUGAGCUGUAUGAAGAGAUGGGUAUCAAGCCCCCCAAGGGUGUCAUUCUCUACGGUGCCCCGGGAACCGGAAAAACGCUGCUUGCCAAGGCGGUUGCGAAUCAAACAAGUGCCACUUUCCUCCGGAUUGUCGGUAGUGAACUUAUCCAGAAAUACCUCGGUGACGGACCUCGUUUGGUGCGACAGAUUUUCCAGGUUGCUGCGGAACACGCUCCUUCCAUUGUCUUCAUUGAUGAAAUUGAUGCCAUCGGUACGAAGCGUUACGACUCUACAUCGGGUGGUGAACGAGAAAUUCAGCGUACCAUGCUUGAGCUUCUUAACCAGCUGGACGGUUUCGAUGACCGUGGAGAUGUCAAGGUUAUCAUGGCCACUAACAAGAUUGAAACACUUGACCCUGCUUUGAUUCGUCCUGGUCGUAUUGAUCGAAAGAUUCUCUUCGAGAACCCAGACCAAAAUACCAAGAAAAAGAUCUUCACCCUGCAUACAUCCAAGAUGUCACUCGGCGAUGACGUCGAUCUUGACGAGUUUAUCAACCAAAAAGACGAUCUUUCAGGUGCGGACAUCCGGGCAAUCUGUACCGAAGCCGGCUUGAUGGCUUUGAGAGAACGCCGAAUGAGAAUAGACCGCACCAAGCGGACAAAUGUGUCUGCCAAGGCUGCCGCCGAUGAUGACCAGGCGGGCUUGAUUAGCGACGAGCAAGCUAACGUUCAGACUGGAGCUGAAGAUCGAAAAGACAAGAGUGAAAGCGACAGCGAUAAUGAUUCUGAUGAUUCUGACUCUGACGAUGACGAUGACAAUGAGUUCCCUGUCUCGCAUGAGCUCGUCCUUAAAACUCAUGAGCGCGCCGUGACAACUCUCACAGUGGACCCAUCAGGCUCGCGUUUAAUCACAGGGUCAACAGACUGUACAAUUAAACUACAUGAUUUCGCUUCGAUGACCCCUUCGACGGUGCGCGCCUUCAAGUCCGUUGAUCCUACCGCGAAAAAACAGUCGGCUGCGCAGGAGGCGCAUUCCGUGCAUUAUGCUGCGUUCAAUCCCCUGUCGCCAAGCUAUGUCAUGGUCGUUUCUGCUACACCCCAACCGAGAAUCCUUGAUCGCGACGGCGAGACAGUUACUGAAUUCGUGAAAGGAGACAUGUACUUGAGAGAUCUUCAUAAUACCAAGGGGCAUAUAUCGGAGGUUACCAGCGCUGCAUGGUCUCCCACUGACGAGAACCUGUGUGCUACUGCCGGAUCGGAUAGUACGGUACGUAUAUGGGACGCCAAUAUCGGACGAUCACAGAAAGAAGUCAUAAUGCAUAAGUCAAGAGCGGCUGGAUCCGCUGGUCGGAGCAAGAUGACUGCUGUUGCAUGGGGCUCCCCAAAGCAAGGUGGACCUAAUGUGCUUAUUGCUGCUGCCCUUGACGGAAGUUUAAUGAUGUGGAGUGGCAAUGGACCAUUUACUCGGCCUAGUGGUGAGAUUCGGGAUGCCCAUACGCGUGAUACAUGGACCAGCGGGCUGGAUAUCAGCUCUGACGGAAGACUGGUUGUCACCAAGGGCGGAGACGACACCAUCAAGCUCUGGGAUACUAGGAAGUUCAAGCAACCGAUCACAACCGUGGCACACCCGUCAAGCUCCUCCCGAUACCCGACUUCGAAUAUUGUAUUCUCACCCACGUCCGCGAAUGUCCUCACGGGCUCGGAAACCGGCCAUUUACACAUUUUGAACCCCGCUACCUUAAGGCCGGAAUUGGUCACAUCGGUCACGCCGGGAUCGGCUUUGAUUACAGUUCAAUGGCAUGAGAAACUCAAUCAGAUCCUCACGGGCUCUGCCAAUGCUGAGACACAUGUACUUUACAACCCCGACAUGUCGUCCAAGGGUGCCGCUUUGGUUAUGUCCAAAGCACCCAAACGCCGGCACAUCGAUGAUGACCCGAACCUUACCAUGGAUCUUUCGCAAGGUAUCUCGGGUGACAACGUUGUCGUUGGAUCGAACGGUGUGCCCCAUUAUAGCUCAGCAACCUGGUCUUCCCGACACCCAACUGUUGGGCUCACGGCCUCGGGACGGCCCAGGGAUCCACGGAGACCCCAUCUACCAGCAACGACUCCCUUCGCCAAGUCACAGCCGGAUGAGAAGCAUAUUCGAGAGAAUAUUCCUCUCAGUUCAAUGCGCGAUGAGGAUCCCCGAGAAGCGUUGCUGAAGUACGCCGAGAAGGCCGAGAAGGACCCAGUUUUCACCAAGGCAUGGAAGGAGACUCAGCCGAAGACGAUAUAUCGGGAGAUUAGUGACGAUGAAGGCGAGCAAGAACCGGAUAAGAAAAGAGCUCGGCGAUGA